GAUUUGUGAGAUGAGGAAGAAAGUGAGGAGGAAGGAGUACAUCGAGCUGUGACAAAGCUCCCUGCAAACAACUCGGUGUGUUCAUGAAACGGUGGGGGAGAAAAACACUGGCUGUAACCUCGGAUUAUUUCAAACUUUUCUCACUUUGAGAAUGUGUAAUGUUGCUGUGAAGAUGCACUGAAGAAAGAAGAGAAGAUGGAACUGGAGGAGACCGGUGAAAAAAGGACUUCCUGGUAUGUCUCACCAGGAGAGACAAACUCCAUCCCCUGUGACCAUGCUGGUAAGAAGAGAAAACAAGACCCGGGCCCCGAAUCUGUGAUCAGAAUCAUGGAGGAUGAAGAGGAAGAUGAGGAGGGUGAAAUGAUGUGCGACCACAUGAAGGAUUCAGAGGAGCCCAGUAACAAAAGGGUCAAACCUGUGGGGAAGUCCAACAGCCUCACAGGUGUCAUAACCCCAGUGAAGACCCCCGCUCUCAAACGCAUCGGACAGUCUAUUUCGCGCUCGAUCAGUUUUCGCACGGAGGCUCGACCUUUGCCCCCGGCCGCCCUGCGCCCCCGCUCAAAGGCCUCAUCGUUUCCACGCCGACGCAACAGCCAGUGCUGGAGUGACACGGUGGAGAGUCACGACCUCACUGUGAAGGAGAUCAAACGUCAAGAGGUGAUUUAUGAGCUGACUCAGGGAGAGAGACAACUCAUCGAUGACCUCAGUCUGGUCAAGAAGGUGUACUAUGAGCCCAUGCUGAAGCUGGACAUCAUGACGGAGAGCGAGCUUGGACAGAUCUUUGGGACACUGGACUCCCUCAUUCCUCUCCAUCAAGAUCUUCUGGGUCGUCUCGAGCGUCUGAGGGGAUCGGAGAAGACGGUGGGAGAGGUGGGGCCCACUCUCAUGAACUGGUUUCCUUGCCUGGAGGCCUACGUUACAUACUGCUGUAACCAGGUGGGGGCUAAAGCCCUGCUGGACCAGAAGAAGCUGGAGAAGAGGGUGGAGCACUUCUUGCGCCUGUGUCAGGAGUCUUCGUUCAGCAGGAAACUGGACCUGUGGAACUUCCUGGAUCUCCCUCGGAGCCGUUUGGUCAAAUACCCCCUGCUGCUGAAAGAGAUACAGAAGUGCACACCUGCAGACCACCCGGACGAGGACACGCUGCCUGAUGCUUUGGAGCUGAUCCAGAGCAUCGUGGCGGAGGUGAACAAGAAGACAGGCGAGGCGGAGUGUCAGUUCUACAGGCGGGGUCUCAGCUACCUUGAAGAGAGUCAGAGACUACCAGAGAUCCAGCAGUCCCGCUUCCUCUACUGCCACGGAGAGCUCAAGAACAACAAGGGCCAGCGGCUGCACGUCUUCCUGUUCGAGCUGGCUUUGGUGCUGAGCAGGCCCGCUGAAGAGAGAGACGGAUUUCAGGUGUUCAACGUGUACAGACAGCCUCUGCCCAAUGCCCUCAUCAACCUGGAGGAGAUCCCAGACGGAGAGGCAGCGGGAGGAGGCACUUUCAGGGGAGCCUUCACUGGAGGGAAUGAUAAAGUGAGGAACUGUUUCCGUGUGAGCAGCAGAGGACGCUCCAAACUCCACCCGUAUUGUCUGCAGGCCAACGACUCCUUCAGCAAGCAGCAGUGGAUCACCUGUCUGCGCCAGGCCAUCGUGCACUCGCGAGACAAGAUGGCUCAGACCAGCCAGUCGCAGCUCUCCCCUCACGCCGAUCCCGCCCUGUAUCACAUAGCCGAGCUCAGCCUCAGCUCGGACACAGAAAUGGCAGACCAUACCAGUCGCUGACUGUUGGAUUGAUCAGCAGGAGAUCCUGGGGAUUUUCUAUACAUUUGUACAUUGAUAUAAGAGAAAAUGAGAGACUAUCUGUGAGAGAUGAUUGUGCUUAGACACACACAAGGAUGAUAUUGUUUUCAUGCAUUUUUCUGAUGGAUUGUGUGAUUGUGGUGAUCUGUGCUGUGCGUCCUGGGGACAGUAUUACUGAAUGUAAAUGUAAAAUGUUUCAUUGUUUUUUUUUUUGUUGUUGUUGUUUUUUUUGUUUUUUUUAAUAAACUGACACUUGGAA